GAACAUCAGAAUUUGCAAUCGGGUCCCCUGUGUCCGGAUGUCUUGGCUAUAUAACUCACAGGCUCACAGCCUUGACGGACGUGAUGAACUUCAACCGCCGCCAACCUCCCUGUUCUGAUCUUUGUUCAUUCUUUCCCAAGAGCUCUUGAGAAACCAUGAAGUACAGUUCCAUUCUCUGCUUGCUGCUGACCGCGGCUCCGGCUGUGUAUGCAAGUCCGGUGCUUCCGAAACGCCAGCAGUUCGCUCAGGGCGAGCCAAUUGAUGCCAAUGGCAAAGGUGGCCCAAUCCUCGGUGGAACAAACAAGGACCUUGAUCUCCAGAAUCCUGAUAACCUUGGCGAAGAGUCAACGGAUAGUGGACUGGUCACCAACCUGAAAUGGAGCUUUUCGGAUUCGAAAACAAAAAUCUACAACGGAGGUUGGGUCCGUGAGCAAGUGGUUACGGACAUCCCGCCUAGCAAAGACAUCGCGGGAGCGCAGCAGCACUUGAAGAAGGGUGCUUACCGUGAGCUCCACUGGCAUCGAGUGGCUGAGUGGGGUAUCGUAUACGCUGGAUCACUCCUUGUCUCCGCUGUCGAUGAGAACGGAAAGAACCAACAAGAUGUUCUUCAAACCGGAGACAUCUGGUAUUUCCCCAAGGGAUCAGCCCAUACUCUUCAAGGGCUUGCGGACGAGAAUGAAUACUUACUUAUCUUCGAUGAUGGUAACUUCGAUGCCACUGGAACAACUUUCAUGGUUGACGACUGGGUCGCCCACACUCCCAAAGACAUCCUCGCCAAGAACUUCGGUGUCAACGCCUCUGUCUUCAGCACCGUCCCAGCCACCGACCCUUACAUCCUGAAGGGCAACAUCAGCACCAUUCCCGCCAGCAGCCCAUAUGGAACCCUCUCCGGCAACAGCUCCUACGUUUACCACGCCUCGCAGCACCCAGCAACCCCAGCCCCUGGCGGCGGUGGAACGAUCCAGAUCGUUGACUCGCGCAACUUCCCUAUUGCAACCACCAUCGCCGCCGCCAUCGUGACUGUCGAGCCCAAGGGUCUGCGUGAGCUGCACUGGCACCCGAAUGCCGCUGAAUGGAUCUACUUCCACCAAGGCCAAGCACGCGCGACCGUUUUCCUCGGCGGCGCCAACGCCCGCACCUUUGACUUCACCGCUGGCGACACCGCUGUGUUCCCUGACAACUCAGGCCAUUACGUGGAGAACACGUCCGAGACAGAGAAGCUCGUCUGGAUCGAGAUCUACAAGUCGGAUCGCGUGGCAGAUAUCAGCUUGACCCAGUGGCUAGCCUUGACGCCGCCAGAGAUCGUGGCCCAGACGCUGAACAUUUCGCUCUCGGUCGUUGAGGGCUUGAAGAAGGAGAAGCAGCUUAUCGUUGCUUGA